AUGGUGGUCGCAACCGUCACGGGGUCGUCCAGGGGGAUAGGAAGAGCAAUAGCACUGCAGCUGGCAGACGACGGCAUGGACAUUGCUUUGAAUGAUGUACAAGCUCAGCUGCCGCAGCUCCAAGCCGUCAAAGCCGAGAUUGAGAAAAAAGGACGCAAGGCUUCCACCUUCGUCGCCGAUGUCAGCAAUGAGGAACAAGUCCAGAAGAUGGUUGCCGACAUAGUGACCGAGUUUGGUGAACUCAAUGUCAUGGUUGCCAAUGCUGGUAUUUUCAUCCCCAAGUCGAUCAUGGAAGUCAGCGUUGCAGAAUGGGACAGGAUCAUGGCUAUCAAUGUGAGGGGAGUGUAUCUGUGUUAUCGUGAAGCGGCGAAGCAGAUGAUCAAGCAAGGAAAGGGCGGCAAGAUGGUGGCGGCUUGUUCGACUGCAGGGUAUCGACCGUCCGCAAGCCACAGUGCGGCAUACACAACAAGCAAGUGGGCUGUUCGCGGACUCACGCAGACGGCUGCAGUCGAGUUUGCCAAAUAUGAUAUCAACAUGUGGAAACUCAUCGAUGCCGACAUUGCGAAUCGUGAAGGCCUCCAGCCGGGCGUGGCUUUCGAGAGAUCCGUCCAAGCACGAGCAGCACUCAAGCGCGCCCAGGAUCCCGAGGACAUAGCGAACCUGGUCAGUUUCCUGGUCAGCACCAAGGCGAGGAACAUCACAGGGCAGAGCGUUCUGUGCGAUGGCGGUGAGAGACAUCCAUCCCCUUCAUCCACCCCCACAAGCGGCCCACUUGUUUUCAUUCCGGGAUGUAGCGACCAGAGCUAA